GCGAUGUGGAGGCGGCGGAGCACGGUGGAGGGAGUGGCCAGCGGCCCUGCUCAGAUUAAGCGGGAGGCGCGCCGGGCGUCUGCACUCGCGCGGCCCCGCUCGCUCCGGCUCCCGGCCGCUGCCGUCUCGCCUCUUUCCCCUUCUCAACGCGUCUCCAAUACGGCAGCCGCCGGACCCGGCGGUGAGAGCGUGGGGAAGAGGCAGCCGAGCCGCCCGCGGAAUUGGGCGCGGCGGGAGGUGCGCGCCGCGCGGGCGGGCGCAGAGGUGGCUCCCGGGGCGGCGGGCGUCCCCACGAGGUCGCUCGUACUUAUUCUCUUUUCUGUACAACAUGCGUAUGGGGGUGGAAAGAAGUUUAUUGGUCCCUGCGGGGGAAGAGAUUGCUCUCUUUGCCAGUGCUUUCCUGAAAAGGGAUCUCGGGGUCAACCAGGACCACCAGGGCCACAGGGUCCUAUUGGACCCCUGGGGCCACCAGGACCCAUUGGAAUUCCAGGAGAGAAAGGGAUGAGAGGUGACAGUGGCCUUCCUGGAGCAGCAGGUGACAAGGGUGAUAAGGGUCCAACCGGUGUUCCUGGAUUCCCAGGUUUGGAUGGGAUACCUGGGCACCCAGGGCCUCCUGGAUCCAGAGGCAAAUCUGGCAUAGAUGGCUACAAUGGCUCAAGAGGUGCUCCAGGGUUUCCAGGAGAAAGAGGAGCUCUUGGCCCACAAGGCUCCCCAGGCCUUCUUGGGAAAAAAGGAGAAAAAGGAAAUUCAGUGUUCAUUUUAGGUGUCAUUAAAGGUAUUCAGGGUGACAGAGGGGACCCAGGACCUCCUGGCUUACCAGGCUCAAGGGGAGCGAGAGGGCCAGCAGGCCCAGUGGGAUACCCGGGAGAGUCAGGGUUAGCAGGACCUCCAGGCCCUCCUGGGAGUCCAGGGUUGAAGGGUAAUCCUGGAGUGGGAGUAAAGGGGCAAAUGGGAGACCCGGGUGAGGUUGGCCAACAGGGUUCUCCAGGACCCACCCUUCUGGUGCAGCCCCCUGAUUCUGGUCUCUAUAAAGGAGAAAAGGGUAUUAAAGGAACGCCUGGAAUCAUUGGACCUCCCGGACCACCAGGACCCAAGGGGGAACCCGGUAUUGGGACAAAAGGCGAGAAAGGUAUUCCUGGGUUUCCAGGACCUCGGGGGGACCCUGGCUUCUAUGGAUCUCCAGGUUUUCCAGGAUUAAAGGGCGAACCAGGAGUGUUUGGAGAUCCUGGGCCGUUUGGAUUUCUUGGUCCAAAGGGAGAUCCUGGAGACCACGGGCACCCAGGACCACCAGGGGUUUUGGCAACUCCAGCUCUUCCACUCAAAGGGCCUCCAGGGGAUCCAGGGCACCCUGGCCGCUAUGGAGAAACGGGGACUGUUGGACCACCAGGUCCCCCUGGUCCCCCUGGUAGACCAGGGGAAGUCUGUGCAGGCAUGAUGGGACCCCCUGGGCCACGAGGGUUUUCUGGUCAUCCAGGAUUUCCAGGGGCAGCUGGUGUUCCUGGGAGAGCUGAUUCUGCUCCAGGAAAACCAGGCAACCAGGGACCACCCGGCUUGCCUGGAGUGCCAGGGUUGCCAGGACCUCCAGGAUCAGAUGUUGUAUAUUGUAGUGCUGGGCCUCCUGGACCACAAGGAAUAAAAGGCAAAGUGGGUCCUCCAGGAAGAAGAGGCUCAAAAGGAGAAAAAGGAAGCACAGGGCUCUGUGCCUGCCAGCCUUGUCCCUCAGGCCCACCUGGCCCUCCAGGACUUCCUGGGAGGCAAGGGAGUAAAGGAGACUUGGGACUCCCUGGGCGGCUUGGAGAGAAAGGUUACCCAGGCCUUCCUGGUGCCAGAGGAUCUCCAGGGCCACCAGGAAAACCUGGUACCUCAGGACCACCUGGCAGCAAAGGAGAAAAAGGUGACCUGGUUGUAUCAAGAGUGAAAGGGCACAAAGGAGAAAGAGGUCCUGAUGGGCCCCCAGGAUUUCCAGGGCAGCAGGGACAACACGGUCAAGAUGGAUAUGCUGGAGAAAAAGGGGACCCAGGACCGCUGGGAGAUCAAGAAGAUGCAGCCCCAGGUGAUAAAGGGCCUCCUGGACCACCAGGCCCCCCGGGCAGAGCAGGACCUAGGGGGCCUCCAGGACUGGGAUUUCCUGGUCCACCAGGAGAGAGGGGUCAACCAGGAGCUCCAGGCUGCCCAGGCAAGAGGGGCCCUGAUGGCUGGAAGGGUCAGAAAGGUGAUACAAUUCCUUGUAACGUAACCUACCCUGGGAGGCCAGGCCUGCCAGGUUUUGAUGGACCUCCAGGUCCGAAGGGGUUUCCAGGUCGUCGGGGAGCUCCUGGGUUGAGGUGUUUGGAUGGGGAAAAGGGUCAACGUGGCAAACCAGGAAUCUCAGAAAUACCUGGUCCACCUGGUUUUCAUGGUGAUAUGGGAGAUCCAGGUUUUGGAGGUGAAAAGGGGUCCUCCCUUGUCGGGCCCCCAGGAUCUCCAGGUUCACCUGGAGUGAAUGGUCAGAAAGGACCUCCGGGAGACUCUGCUAUUGGCUACCCAGGACCCCCAGGAAAGAGGGGUCUUUUAGGAGUACCAGGGUCAAAAGGACUCAGAGGUGAUCCCGGACGACCGGGGGCUGCAGGGCCAGCUGGCAUGCCCGGAUUCCCGGGUCUCAAAGGUCCCAAAGGGAGAGAGGGAAGUGCCGGGUUUCCAGGGAUCCCAGGUCCACCCGGCCAUUCCUGUGAAAGAGGUGCUCCAGGGAGACCAGGGCCACCAGGGCUCCCUGGAGCUCCAGGAAGUCCAGGUGCCCCAGGUUGGAAAGGACAACAAGGGGACAUGGGGCCUCCUGGACCCGCUGGAAUGAAGGGCCUCCCCGGAUUCCCAGGAUGGCCAGGGGCAGAUGGACCCCCAGGGCCCCCGGGAGUCCCAGGCCCCGUUGGGGAUGAUGCGCUACCUGGUCUUCCAGGCCCAAAGGGACCCCAGGGGCUGCCCGGCUUCCUGGGUUUUCCGGGAGAGAGAGGAAAACCUGGCCCAGACGGACACCCUGGCAGAAAGGGAGAACCCGGAGAAAAGGGUUGGCCCGGCUCCCUGGGAGACCGAGGAGCGAAAGGUGACAAAGGAGCAAGAGGACCCCCAGGAUAUGAAGGAGAAAUGGAUAUUAUUUCUAAAAAGGGGGAAACCGGGGAACCUGGACCUCCUGGAGAUGGUGGAUUCCCAGGAGAAGAAGGUGAUAAAGGCCAUCCUGGGAUACAAGGCAAGAAAGGAGAGCCGGGAAGCUGUGGACCACCUGGAUUUCACAGAGGGGAGCCCGGGAGGAAUGGGCAGCCAGGCCUUCCUGGACCCCCAGGCCCUCCAGGCUCACCUGGGCUGAGAGGGCUCAUUGGCUUUCCGGGAUUUCCAGGUGACCAGGGUGAGCCAGGUUCUCCAGGGCCCCAUGGACUUUCAGGACUUGAUGGUACAAGAGGACCUAAAGGGUACAAAGGGGAACCUGCAAGUCAGUUUGGCCUACCUGGUCCAAAGGGUGAGCCAGGGAGCCCUGGAUAUCCAGGACAUUUGGGAGCACCUGGAGAGCAGGGCUUGCCCGGUGUUCAAGGACCUGGAGGACCACCGGGAAGGCCAGGACCGCCUGGCUCCUCUGGACCAGCGGGGUGUCCAGGUAAUCCAGGGCUGCCUGGGCUGCAGGGACAUCCAGGAGAAAUCGGGGAUCCUGGGCCAAGAGGCCUCGUGGGGGAUCCAGGGGCACCAGGUCUUCCGGGAAUAAAAGGUCCCUCCGGGUCGCCCGGCCUGAACGGCUUGCACGGUUUAAAGGGUCAGAAAGGCAGCAGAGGCACUUCAGGUUCCCAUGAAACGGGCCCACCUGGUCCAGUGGGAAUGCCCGGGCCAAAAGGCGAGACAGGAGACCCCGGGAGCCCAGGAAUUUCUCCUCCAGGACUUUUCGGAGACAAAGGUCCCCCAGGUCCCCCAGGGAGACCUGGACCGCCUGGUCCUGCAGGUGCCCCAGGAAGAGCUCUUAAGGGUGACGUUCCGGACCCGGGUCUGCCCGGAGAUCAGGGACCUCCUGGCCCCGAUGGUCCAAGAGGAAUAUCCGGGCCUCCAGGGCUCCCUGGGAUUGUUGACCUUCUGAAAGGUGAACCAGGUGACUGUGGUCUGCCGGGGCCUCCAGGUCCCCCAGGCCCACCAGGCCCUCCAGGACGCAAAGGCUUCCCAGGAUGUGAUGGAAAAGAUGGCCAGAAAGGACCAAUGGGAUUCCCGGGGCUGCAGGGGCCACCUGGAACUUCUGGGCCACCUGGAGAGAAGGGUUUACCUGGACCUCCAGGCAGACAGGGGCCCUCGGGUCCUCCAGGUUCCAGAGGUGAACCUGGGCCCCCUGCAGACUUGGAUGCUUGCCCCCGAAUCCCGGGGCUUCCUGGGGUACCAGGCCCAAGAGGACCAGAAGGAGCCAUGGGGCUCCCUGGAAUGAGAGGCCCCCCAGGACCAGGGUGCAAAGGAGAGCCCGGGCUGGAUGGCAGGAGAGGCGAGGAUGGCCUUCCAGGGUCCCCUGGGCCUCCGGGACGCAAAGGUGACAUGGGAGAAGCGGGCUGUCCAGGAGUACCAGGCCCUCCUGGGCCCGUGGGGGAUCCUGGGCCCAAAGGGUUUGGCCCUGGAUACCUCAGUGGCUUCCUCCUGGUUCUCCACAGUCAGACAGAUGGAGAACCCACCUGCCCCGCAGGCAUGCCCAGGCUCUGGACUGGGUAUAGUCUGUUAUACCUGGAAGGACAGGAGAAAGCUCACAAUCAAGACCUUGGUCUGGCGGGCUCCUGCCUCCGCAUGUUCAGCACGCUGCCCUUCGCCCACUGCAACGUCCACCAAGUGUGCCAGUACGCCCGGAGGAACGACAGGUCCUACUGGCUGGCGAGCACCGCGCCGUUGCCCAUGACGCCGCUCUCGGAGGAGGAGAUCCGCCCGUACAUCAGCCGCUGCGCCGUGUGCGAGGCCCCCGCGCAAGCCGUGGCCGUGCACAGUCAGGACCAGUCCAUCCCGCCGUGUCCGCGGGCCUGGCGGAGCCUCUGGAUUGGGUACUCUUUCCUGAUGCACACAGGCGCUGGGGACCAAGGAGGUGGCCAGGCCCUCAUGUCACCCGGCAGCUGCCUGGAGGAUUUCAGAGCUGCACCGUUCCUUGAAUGCCAAGGACGGCAGGGAACUUGCCACUUUUUUGCAAACGAGUAUAGCUUCUGGCUGACAACUGUGAGACCUGACGUGCAGUUUUCCUCCGCACCCUCACCGGACACCUUGAAAGAAAGCCAAGCCCAGCGCCAGAAAAUCAGCAGGUGCCAGGUCUGUGUGAAGCAUAGCUAGAGAACCCACCGCUUGUCAUCAGGUCACCAAGAGAAACUUGCUAGGAGACUAAGGCAUCCUAGGCUGUGCUGAGAGAUUCAGUGGUGCUCAUCUUGGACUCCUGGUUUAGCUGUUCCUUCUGUUUCGAUGUGGUUAUUCCCACAGUACUGCAAUCCCUUGCUCUGUUUGGGACAGAUUAAGCAAAUGCUACACGUAUGGAUUUGUUUGGACCUACCAACCUAGAUGAAACCCAGAUAUUCUUAGCUGGCUUUAUUUAAAAGUAUGCUAAUUCAGGGGAAGGCAAAUAGAUGAUAAAGGCCAGAUUACAAAUUACAUUACUGAAAACGUCAUUCAUUGGUUAAUAGCAACUCAAACAAUUGAAGUCAAUUACUCUAUAAUACAGUGGGCUUCUGGAUGGAUUUUACGGGAAAAAAUAAAUAGGCCAACAAAUGAAACUAGAAAGUAGAGAUUUCCUACAUUUCAAAAUGAUUUCCUCUGUAAUCUAUUUUUCCAUGCACUUUAAUUGUAAAACUAUGACCCAUGAAGAUUAAAAAAAAAUCCACACAGCCAGCCUGAACAGUUCAUUUCAAAGCAGAAUGAAUCAUUAUGCCAGGAAGGACCACGGUCGCUGUAUUCCAGAGAUGCGACAUUAGCAUAAAACACAUCACAGAUGAACAUAAAACAUUAUGUUCUCUUCUGCAUUUUUCAGAGAACAGAAAUGCCUGCUCUGGCAACCCUUUGGAAAAGUAGCAAUUAUGGAAAAAAAAUAUGUUCAGUAAGGGAUUAAGAGCCGAAAAGCUAUUAAUGAAUAUUAAGGCAGCGAUUCACAAGAAUUGACUCCCCACUGCCGUGAACUUCCAAACAGGCCGCUUUUGCCCAGUCGGGGUCUGGCUUGUCUUCCAGUGUGCGUGCUAAUGGGACUGGAGCCACAUGGGGCCAUGUUCACAUAAAGCAUCCUGCUCCCCUCCCCGGGGGCGCCUGCAGAGCUGCCUCACAGAGAGUGCCCGCAACGGACACUUUCCCUCCAUCCGCAUAAUGGCAUCUCAUACGGGGAAGUGACAGAGCUAUCAUUAUGCACUUGGGAGAAAAUUAAGGGCCGACUUAAUUAAACUUAGGUAAGAAGAUUCAUUUAAGUCAUCAUCACCCCAUGCCCCCAAAAGACCUGGCACUCUUUUAAAUGAAACAAAGACCACCUACAACUUGAAUUUUAUGUUCUUGUUAUUGGUUUUUACAGGAGCAUCCUGCUUUUCUAAUCUUAAAAACAUUCUUACAUUUUAUAUCAGUAUUAGAGCAAGGCAGCAGUUUGAUAUUUGGCAUUAAUAUUUUCUGUAAAAGCUUAGAAGAUAUGUCACUUUAUAGUGAGUAAUUUUCUGUAGAGCAAAGGAUAGGUUUUCUAUUUUGCUGGGAAUUCAGUGGUCUAAUCCUAAAAAUCAGAAGGCUUAUUGGAAAAGAUUUUUAGGAAACUUGCCUUCCUUAUUUAAAGAAAUGUUAUUCUAGAGAAAGCUAAAGAAAUUUCUCAUGAGAAAGUGACAUUCACUUCAGUGCUCAUUUUCAAUGCACUUAAUAAUUAAGAAAAACUCAAUUAAAACUUUGUUUAUAAGAAAUACUUUUCUUGGCAAACGUUGAUUGGGAGUGUACACUUACAUGCAGAAUAUAUUUCAAAUGAAUUUUGCUCUGGGGUGUCCCCCGGAUGGCAAUUUAUUUUAAGGCUACUUCCUGGUAAAAAGAAAAAAUGUACAUUUUAAGAGGAAAUAAUUGUCUUGAUGUACCAGAAUAUUUCCUAGUUCAUUUGACCCAUCUAUUAAUUUUUUGAAACUCUCCUAUGGCAUGCUAAAUAUUUGAUAUUGAACCCAAUUUCAACCUUGUUUAUAAUUACAAUUUUGUUUCCAAAAGUUUUAUCAUAUAUUACCAAAAUUCAAGCCUUCUAAAAAUUCAUCAUGCUCAUUCAUGAAAUUGGUCCGAGAACAUUCUCUGGGAAGAGGUAAGGGUGAUCGAUGGACCAUAGGAAACAUAUCUUGCUUGCUAUUUUAAACACCUUAACUUUGGUAUUAGAAUUAUCUUAAUAAGCUGGUCAAAUAAAUUUUGAAAAAACAGCCUGAAUUAAGCGGGCACGUUCCUCCACAGUGAGUCCGGGAUAGUGUAGGAGACUGAUUUCAAAAUAUCUGAUAUCACAAGAGCCCUCUGUAAACACAGCACAAACGCCACCUGCUGCUUUCGAAAAAUUAUUUUAAAUGGUUGAAAAAGCAAAACAAUGGAAAAAAUACUAUCUUGGAUUAGAAGAUCAUGUUAUUUUAAGCCAUCAUUUUCUUUACCUGGUUACAUAUCAAGGUACUUUGGAAUAUCCUUUCUCUCUGAAGGAUGAAGAAAGCUUUAAAGUUGUUCUCUUAAUCCAUUACUGGUGAUUAUCCUUAUCAAUAUCUCCUUCCCCAGAACCCCCUCCCCCAGCGGGUUGGUUGGAAGGCCCAAAGAGGGUUGCUCUGGGUCGUGAGCUGAGGGGCUUGAUGUUUCCUUCCGGGUUCUUAUCCUGAGUGAGUGGAGCCCAAUCCACGCUGCCAGCGGGGGGGCCCAUUCGUAUUCCCCAUAUUCCCUCCCUUCUCAGAUUCCCCAGACCUCAACUUCAGUCGCCACUUCCCGCGGAUUGCUGCCUUCCUCGCCGGCCUCUCUGCACCUGUCUAAACAUAGCCUUUGUCUUUCACCUCUACUCUUGUAGUAGACAUCUCCCAGCUGCUGCCUCCCGUUUCAAAUUCCCGUCAUCAUUUCUCUAAGUUGCAAAUUUGAUUUUGUUAUUCCUUGGCUUAAAAUCCUUCAAUGAGCCCACUGCCUGCCAGGUCCAGAUGACUGCCUGUGAGGUGAAGGGGUCUGCAGGAACCGUCCGCAGCUUACCUCUCUGCUCGUCACAGAGGCACGCGCCUAUCUCUGUGACUUUACUCCUGCACUUUCCCCCGGUGAUGUCCCCCGCAGAUGAGUUUACCUGGCAGACGACUACUUAUCUUUAGACUGAAUUAGCUGGUGGGGAGGAGGGUGUGGAUUUCCCCAGGAUGACUUGGCCUCCUUUCUGCUGCUCCCAGUACAAUUCGCGGGUCUGCUCACUCUCUCCUGCUUUCCCCGCUGCUCCUGUGAUGUCUCACCCUGCUGCCUUCAUUCUCUUGCUAAAAUGUAAGCCCACAGGGCAGGCAGCAUGCUUUACUCAUCGUUGUAUGCCCUGGGCCUACACAGAGCCGAGCAUGUUAUUGACACUUAAUUCUUUUUUCACUGACAAUUGCAGCAUUAGGCAUUAGAUGUUCAGCUCUGGGUAUAGGGUUCUCAUCGACAAAAUGGUUACAAGUAUAAACCAUUUCUUAUUUCAAAAUAUUUUAGUGUGACAGCCUAUCUGCACACCCACAAUCUCCUCUUGCAAUUAUUGACGGAAAGCCGACUGAUAAACUUUAACCAUCGCCCCCCUCCUGAAAAAUAGCUUACUUUUCCAUAAACUGAAAUUUCAGAAAUAAGAUUUGAGAGAUGUGACAAUGAGAGAAGAUUCUUCAUGGAAGUGUGAUAUGACUUAACUCAUGCUGUAAUCUGUAUUCCCUCAUGAUUGUCAAAGCGUCCUAGUACAAAAUCACCUCUACAGAGUUUGUGUACAUGUUAUUGGUGCUUGGGAAAAGAGGAACAGAAUGGUCCACUAAAACUGGAUUUUAUCAAGGAUUUUAUUUUGAGCCUCUUAGAGAUUAUAAUAAAGCAAAUCAUUCUGUUUUCCGGGAAAUUACAUUAGAUUUGUGCUUCUAUCAGCUCACCAGACUAAUAUGAUAAUUGUUACUUUUAUUUGGUGUGGCUGAAAGAAUAGUGGAAAGAUGUGGCUUUAGAGGUGGUUGAACCCAAGUUUCAGUCCAGCUCUGUCACUCUCCAGAGGUGUUACCCUGGGUGAGUCACAGCAACUCCCUGAGCCUCAUUUUCCACAUUUACAAAGUGGGACAUAACACCUACUCUUGCAUUGAAAAUUAAGUUAGAUUCUAUGUCCAGCACAUAGCAGACCUUGUAUAUUUAUUAUGGUCACAUCUUCUAUUUAAAACAAGCCAUUUAAUAUGAAAAAUAUUUCUUGGGAUUCUUUACAUAGUAGAAUUAACGUGAGGAUUCUCACGGGGCAUAUAAAUUACUGAUUAGAAUUAUUUAUACCUGGCCAAUUCUUAAUGUCUUUGGGAAUGCUAUUUUAUUUCAUUUCUCAAAGUUACUGUACCACACACACAAAACUCAGAAUUUCCUGCAGGGUCAUUAUCAGGAAGUUCUGCAGGGAACAAAACAAUUGACAUUAAAUAUCAGUACUCUGCAAUUGUCACUGUUAUCAUCUGCCAGAGACUCUGCAUAAUGCGUUUUCGACCACCAAGGCUGGCUGCCACAUCUGUGUGAAAUGCUUGAAUUUUAUGGUGCUUAAAUAUUUAAUGAUUCAUAGGAAAAAAUGUGAAAUGUGUCUGAUAAAUUGCAUCCCUUUCUCUAACCUAGGGUUGUAAAGUUAAAGACUUUCAACAUGUAAACUUUGCAAGAUGCCUGACCUGCUAUUGACAUUGAAAUCUUGUAUUACAAUUUAUAAUAUCACUUAUUAUGUAUAAAAAUUCAGUGAUGA